GCAGCAGGACGUCGUAGAUCAAUGAACCGGACCGGAGGGCUGCUCCAUCUCCUGCAUCUGUCCGUAUAGAUGUGUCACUUCACCUGUGCAGGAUCUAUUUCUUAUCAACCAUCCUCUCCGGUAUGAUCUGAACCCAGCGGCUCAUUCAUAGUUUCUCCUCUCGCCGCUCGGAUUCCGUCUCCUCUCUCUUUCUCUCUCGCUUUUUUUUGGGGCGAUUUUUUUAUUUGUGGCGGAGGGGGGGAGAAAAAAUAUCAUCUGUAACCUCCAGGAUGAUCUUUGCAAACACGGGCCACCCGCUGAAGACAGCCCCUCGCAAGCCGUCGUACCCCAUGACUCCGUCCAGUCCCGGCAGCAGCAGCAACAGCAGCAGCACAGGCCUGGAGCAGCUCAGCAAAACCAACCUGUACAUCCGCGGACUGCCUCCCGCCACUACAGACCUGGACCUGGUCAAACUCUGUCACCAGUAUGGAAAGAUUCAGUCAGCAAAGGCAAUCCUGGACAAGACGACCAACAAAUGUAAAGGUUACGGCUUUGUGGACUUUGACAGCCCAGGAGCUGCUUUGAAGGCUGUGCAUGCUCUGAAAACCAGUGGCAUACAGGCCCAGAUGGCCAAGCAACAGGAGCAGGACCCAACAAAUCUGUACAUUUCCAACUUGCCCCUCUCUGUGGACGAGAAGGAGUUGGAGAACAUGCUGCAGCCGUUUGGCCAGGUCGUCUCCACGCGGAUCCUACGAGACUACAGCGGCAACAGCCGAGGCGUGGGCUUCGCCCGGAUGGACACAACGGAGCAGUGUAACGCAGUCAUCUCCCACUUUAAUGGAAAAUUUAUCAAGAUAGCGUCAGGACUCAUGGCUCCACCUCAGCCGUUGCUGUGUAAGUUUGCAGACAGUCAAAGGAAGAAACACGCUCACAGCGGAUUCGCUCCCAACGGACAGACGGGGGAUUUCAGACUAGGUGCAAUGACUCUCACCUAUGACCCCUCCUCAGCAGCGAUACAGAAUGGGUACUAUCCUUCUCCGUAUCCAGUGACCAACAGGAUAAUGACUGUGCAGCCUGCGAUGUCCCCCUACAUGUCUCCGGUCUCUGCUUACCAGGUACAGAGUCAUUCUUGGGUGGCGGCUCAUCAACCAUACAUCAUGCAACACCCGGGUUCUGUGAUGUCUCCCUCUGUGGAUCCCUCCAUGUCACUGCACCCCUCAGCCAUGAUUACUCAGCAGAUGGGACAGCUGUCGUUGGGAAACACUGGAGCGUACAUUGCUGCCAACCCUGGUGUCCAGGGAGCUUACAUGCCUCAGUAUCCUGCCCUGCAAGCACCACCUGAAAAUGGCACGCCACAGCAAGUGGACUCUUCCAACAACUCAUCUCCUUACAGUCAACUCAGCAAGUAAUCACAGAGUGUUUUCCUCCACUCUGUGAGCCAGACGGCAGGUGAGAAGUUGCUGACGACAUCACAGUGAAAGCAGUCACCGCCUUCUCUGAUUGGACCAGACACGUGAACUUUUUUUGCACAGCCCCAACGUUUGUGGUGGAAAUGAGGACAGUGUAAAUGGACUCAAGCAGUCGGCUGAUCACAGAAAAAAAAAAAAAAACUAAGAAGAAGAAGAAGAAGAAGAAGAAAAAAAAUACGAGAUUUAUUUUGAUAAGAAACAACAUGCUCUUCUUUUUCUCUUUUUUUCAUGGAUCCUCGAAACCAAUACCAGAGGAUCCCCGGCCUCUCCCGUCCUUAGCCACCCCAACCUCCGCCGCCCCCCCUUCCACCUCCCCACACCCCCACACCCCAGUAUGAUGGGAUAUUAAAAUGCAUGAGAUUGAGAUACCCCCCUCCCCCCCAAACACCCCUUCCCCAUUCAAGGUUUCUAUGAUUUCAUAGGUCCUUUCUUUGUGAUAUAUGGAAAAACCUUGCAAAACCUUGUUUGCACUGAAGUUUCAUGUUUCCGAAUAGCUUCUUUUCUUUUUCUUUUUUUUGGGGUUUUCAAAGUGGCCACAGAAAAGCUCACAGAAUCAAUUUAUGCUCAACUGUACUUGACAGCUGACACAGGUGACCAUUUCAUUAGGGAAUUAAUGAAUUUAUUAUCGGAAACGGUGCCUUCCUUCCUCACGUCACAUCAAACAUCCUCCAACGUUUUUCGUUUCCAUCAAACUUGAUCAGGUGUCAUAUUUCUAGUAUUUCUAUCUGAUUGAUUAAAUGUGUGUGUGAAAUCACAGAGAUUUCUAUUGUUCGAGUGUUUCGCUAUCGAGUUAUGUGGUAGCAAUAAAGACAAUGAGAACCCCAUGGCAAUACUAAGAAAACAGAACGGUGGUAAACUCAGAGCAAGGUAAUUCCUUAAUCUCACUUUUCCUUCCUUUUUUUGUUUUUAUUUCAAACUUUAGGAUGACAUGAAACAGGAGCUGUACUUUUAUGAAAUUACGAGUUUUACACCCAAUGGGCAUCUUUUAGGAGUUUUGUUUUUUCUCUUGUGGUCAGCUUGACCAAGUGAUCUACCUCAUGGUUCUGCCAGAGCCGGCUGGUGUUGUGGGGUUUGCAGGUAAAGCCCCUUUUUCAUCAGCGUGGACGAAGCAGAACAAAAAGCCACGCUCAGGAGCUGGCUGAAUCGGACUUGUACCGUGUUUUUUUGUCUCCCACGCGCAGCAUUUCUCUCAGAAACUUUGUGCUUCGCCUCGUCUGUGUUCGUCACCACAUCUGUCCCGGUUGUUUCUUGUUUUUGCACGACGUGAUGAGUGUUGUUCGGUUGUGAUGCUCCAUUUUAGAGAUUCAGAAGUAAGACUGCUUCUCCCCAAGAGUAGUUGGUUUACUGUGUGUUUGAAACAAAUGAAUGCAGGCUCCAUGCAUUCAUUUGCUGCAUUUCUUCUUGCCUUUGCCAUUUUAGAGAGAUCUUAGACGACUCACCACUUUCCCAUCACCUUUUGUGUUCGCCCUUAAAAAAAACAAAUCACUAAACCUGGGUUACAACUGUAAAUCUCUCCAGAUUAACCACAUUUUGGUGAAUUGGUAAUAAUAUGCCAAAUAAUCUGGAAGAAUUAAAAAAAAGUAACUUGAAUCUUGCCUGCUGCAAAAUAAAGUGCAACAAUCACGCAUGAAAAUCAGCAGUACUUAAUUUUAAUUUGAUGGAAGUUGAAAAUCACAUGGCUGAUGACAUGUGUUUGAAAGGUUGAAUAAAUUAUUUACGUUAAGGGCCAAGAGUGGGAAAAAGAGAGGUUUUUUUUCCUUGCUUUUUUUUAUUUUCUUGAAAUUUAUGAUUUCCGAUGUAAGAAACUGACUGAGGAACAAGAUGUAUGGUCACAGCUGUAUGGUCACGGUGCUUCUCCUCAAUCGGUUGUACUGUAGCUGUAAAUGCUCACAGUAGGAAAAUACAAGCAGUAACAGGCUCUUUUUAUUUUACUGAGUGUACUUUCUUAUUCUGAACACUUGUUGCUGGAACAAAAAAAACAACAAAAAAAGGAAAAAUAUAAAUAAAAAAAAAAUGUUCAUGUUAUCCUCAUUGCUUCCCCGGUCACCUUCAGCUGAUUCUCAAACAAUCCUCUCCUCGCUCUCCUUUUGAAAAGACUGGAAUAAAAUCAGUGCUUAAUAAAAGGCUCUUCUCUUUCUCA